AUGUUGCGUUCUGUGGGUGUGAUCAGUAGAAGACAGCCUUUGCUGCGGUUAUUCGCAAGAAGUCAGUCAAGCAACGCGUUGACCAAGACAGCUCUGCCAUUCACAUACUCUUCUAGUGGACCCAUAAGUGUCAAGUACACAGCUCAGCACGAAUGGAUUGCUGCUCAUAGCGAUGGGAUUGCGUUUGUUGGGAUCACCAAGUACGCUGCAGACGCGCUAGGGGAUGCUACAUAUAUUGAAUUGCCGGAAACAGAGAUGGAGUUCGAGAAAGGCGAUUCUUUGGGCUCUGUGGAGUCCGUCAAGUCGGCGUCUGAGAUCUACCAGCCUGCAAGCGGCACGGUGCAGGGGGCAAACGGCGCUUUGGAAGAGGCACCUCAGCUGAUCAACCAGGAUCCGAUGGGUGCGGCUUGGAUUGCUAAGGUCAAGCUGAAUGACUUGAAAGACUUGGAAUCUGAGGACUUGCUGGACUUGGAGCAAUACGCCAAGUCGUUGUCGCAUGACGACCAUUGA